GGGGGAAGGGGUGAGAUGAUGUGAUGACGGACAGGGUAUCCAUGCUAGACGCUGCUGUAGGGGGCGCCUUAUCACAGCCAUAAACCAGUCAGAACUUUAGGGAAGAGCGGCGCUAAGUCACGUGCUUCUCCAUGGAGACGCCGAUGUCGUCAACUGUUUAACUUAACAACCAUGGCGGAGACUGAUGGGGAGAGCGUGAGGACUGAGUCCCAGGCCGGCGAGGAGUUGUACCUGUCCGAGCUGAGCCCAGAGCAGCUGCGGGCACUUAUCCGGGACACCAGGUACCGCAGCUCCCAAUGCCGUUUCCACACUCAAAGCUGAGACGGAGAUGUUUGAGAAGUUCUACAAACGACUGGAUCCGAAGGAGCUGACCCCGGCUGCCCCCUCCGAAGCUUCAGGGUCUCAUCAGGACUUCAUCCAGAUGCGCAGUCGCCGUCGUUCUAAGUCACGUAGCACCAUCUCUGAGCGUCUCCUGACCCUGAGUGUGGAUCAAAAGUGUGAGCUGGUGCAGCGGGAGCUGGAGGAAACCAGUGAGAAGGUGCAGAGAGACAGUGACAACACGGAGCACAUUCUUCAAAGCUACAAGGCCACCAUUGAAGAGGCCGAGAUCCGCAGCUCAGAAAUUAAAAAGGUCAAGUAUGAGUUUGAGCGAGACAUCGGCAGAGCUUCAGUAAGCAAUAAAAAGGGUGAAGUGGUGAACCCCGACAAGGUUCUCCGCUACAUGGAAGAAAAGAUGCUGGCAAGAGAUAGUCUGGUGGAUAAACUCCGUUUAAAGAAUGCAGCACUGAAAAUUCAAAAGAAGAAGUUACAGAUGCAGCUGAAGCAGAAGGAGGAGAUGGGUGAGGUGCUGAAUGAAGUGGAUUUCCAGCAGCUGAAAAUUGAAAAUGCACAAUUUCUAGAAAGAAUUGAUGAGAGAAACCAGGAUCUUCUGCAGUUAAAACUGACCACUGGUGACACUCUCCAAGUGCUGAACUCAUACAAGAAGAGGCUUCAGAACACAAUGGUGGAGUCUGUUCAUCUGGCCAAGGAAAUUUCAGUGCGUAAUGAGAUCCUGCAGAAAAUUGAGCUUGAAACUGUACAGGUGGAGCAGGAACGAGCAAAAGCUGAAAGUCUUAACAAGAAACUAAGGAAACAACUGAGUGACUAUCGGGUUCCAGAUGUUUUACAGUAUGUACAGGAGAAGAUGGAGCAGGAGGAGCUGGAGAAGAAUGUGCGAGCCUGGGAGAGGAAAGUAGAGAUCGCUGAGCUUUCUCUGAGGACUCAGCGCAGAAAGUGGGAGCAGAUAAAGACAGCCAGCUUGACACCAGAAUAUGAGCAGCUAUAUGGAGAACAGUGACAGAACAAAACAGAUACUUAACAACCAGUAGCUGAAGGCGGUCAAAGAAUCGGCAACAUAUUCAGUUACUAGUUUCGUGGAUUUACUAAUUUACUAAAGUAAAAUAUUUUGUCAUUUGACUUGGGUUUUUAUUAAAUCACUUUUUUUCCCCCCAUUAAGGAAGAAUAAUUAAAUCUACAGCUCUCACAUGGCUGCUACAAAGCUGUAAUAUGUCGCCUGUUAUAUAAAUCCAACAGGAAAAAAAUAGUAUACUUUAUUGGACUCCAUGUUACAGAGGUGUUAGAAGUCACUGCACAGAGUGAGUGUAGUUUCAUGGUAUAGAACCAUAAGGACUCCAAUCUCCCUCUGUACAGCCUUUUGUUUUUCUGCAUGCCUGAGGUCUUAGGAGUUAGGACAUCAUAAUUUCUGACUCUAUCUAUACCGUA